CACACGGCACCAAACUUGCACUCAAUUAAUAUAUUGUUUUUUUUUACUAAAAUGGAUGAGAUUAUGUCCGCAGAUGAUGAGCUUAAUUAUAGGUUACAUGAGAUGAAUAUGUCAACGGAAAGACCCCUAUAUUCACGCCCCAAAAUACAAAUCGUAGCAAAUGAUCUUCGAGAACGAACGGAUUAUAAGAGCCAUUAUCUUCCCACCAUAGUAUCAAUGGGCCCUAUCCAUCAUGGUAACCCAGAACUGCAGAUAGGAGAGGAGUACAAGCUUAUUUGGGCAAAAAAGUACAUUCAAAAGGCAGGAACCGACUCAAAAGAUCUACACCGCAAAAUUGUAGAUAACUUGGCUACACUCAAGAGUUUUUUUGCCGACGACGUUUUAACCAUGGCCAGCAAUACUAUUGGUAACUUCCGUAGCUUCGACCAAAAGUUGACAUGGAUGUUGUUUGUGGAUGGAUAUUCUUUGCUGUAUAUCUUAGACAUAGACAAUGAUUUUGAAAAUGAGGAAACGAUUAUGAAGCUUGUGAGUAGGGAUGUGCUUUUAUUGGAGAACCAGUUGCCGCUCGGGUUGCUGUACUUGUUGGCGAAUGAUGGAAAGAAUCGGCUCAAUUUGAUGGAAAGAAUCAUAAGAUUUCUAAAAUUUAAUCAUGUGGUCAGUAGUGGGUACAAACUGCUGAAUGAAACGCCUACUCAUCUUCUUGAUCUUGUUCGCGAAAUGUUGUUGCCCAACCAUGAACAUAAGAUAACGGUUCACCAAAAUUUGAGGAGACGUGAACGUAUCAGCAACAGUGUUGUAAGAUACAUGAACAUACAGGAGCUGAAAUCAAACGGUAUCAGAAUAAAAUCAAGUGAGUCAAGCAUAAUAGACAUGUCUUUCUCCCACCGCUGGCUUAUUGGAGAAUUGACGCUUCCUGAGAUUGUUUUAGACGAUUUAACAAUUUCUAUCUUCCUUAACUUGAUAGCAUACGAAAUGUGUCCAGAUUUUAGAAAUGAUUAUGGGAUUAGCACAUUUCUGGCAUUCAUAAACUCACUCAUCCGCGUACCAGAAGACGUGAAAGACUUGAGAUUAGCAGGGAUUUUAUUUAGCAACUACGGAACCGAUGACGAAUUGAUUAAGCUAUUCCAUUUCAUAACUACUGAUGUAGUAUCUAAUGCCAAAUCAUACUCGCAUCUUUUUGGGAAAAUUAACAAGCAUAUGGCGAAUAAAUGGAAGACUAAAACUGUACGUUUUCUAAGAUAUAUCCGUCACCCUUGGACCAACUUUGCAGUCCAUGCUACGGAGCUCGCACUUGCUCUUGCCGUUAUCCAAACCUGGUUUACUGUUAAUCCUGUCAAAUCUUAACCAAUCACAAACGUUCUACCUGUGUUUCAUUGUAUAGAUUCAAGUAUGGCCAACUUUUUCUGCAAUAUGGCCACAAUAUACCAUUUAUAUUGAUUCAGUUUGUGUAGCCAUUUUUAAUUGAACUCCUUUAAUGUACUUUAUACAUGAAUAAAUAUUCCUUAUACUAAAUUUUCUCUUUUGUCAUUGUAUAUUAUAUUUGCCACUAAAACUAAAUAAAAU